UCACUCCAGCUCUGAGAAAUAACACUAAGACUCAUUCACAUUAAUCGCAAGAAGGAUUUAUUCUUGCCUGAACCAGUUCUUUCCUUUUGGUUUGCAUGUAUGCCAGGAAAGUCCAAAAGGACUAAUUUCAAUAAAUGGCUCAAAACUAGACAGGGGCAUGUGCAGUAAAUAUAGUUUCAGGUAUUAAAAAGAGAUUGCUAGAUAGAAUUACGGGCAAACAAAAAAGAAGAGUUCUGAAAUUACUAUUUGACUGCAGAGUAGAGAAGUGAAUAUGGAGGUACGUGUGAUGCAGAUCUGGGGAUUUCUACUGACCGUAACAGGCUGGAUUUUUAUUGCUUGUUCUUUGGCCAUGGAGGGUUGGAAGGUGGCUGCUGUUGGUGGCCAAGGGGGCAGCUCUGUCGUCUACAUUACCUGGUAUUGGUCCAGUCUUUGGCGAACCUGCUCCACUACUGCUACUGCUGUCUCUAACUGCUAUGACUUUCCUGUGCUCUGGUCUGUGGAAAAUUAUGUCCAGAUUGUGAGAGCACUACUAAUGGGUGGAUUAACCAUUGGCAUGCUGGGGUUCAUUCUGAGCCUGGUAGGGAUGGAAUGCACCUACAUAGGGGGUAACGAUAAGGAGAAGAGAAGAAACAUCUUUAUUGGAAGCCUCUGUCAUACUUCCAGUGGUGUGUCAGCUACAGCAGCAUAUGCAGUCUAUGCUCGGCAUGUUACAUCAGAUUUCUUCAACCCUAGUUUUGAAUUAAAGUUUGAUCUGGGCACUCCACUGUAUGUUGGAUGGGCUGGAUGUAUAUUUCAAUUCACUGGAGGAAUCUUCUACAUGUCAUCAGUUUAUAAGCUCUGGUCUCAGAACAGGAGGACGAUCGACGAAAUAAUUGCUGAAGAAGCCGCAGCCCUGAAUUCCAUUCCCACAAAUAUCUCCAUGUCUUCUGAGAUUACCUCCGGAUCCAAAGAGUCCACUGUGUCUGAGCUCUCCUUGAAUUCCAGUGUCUCAAAUAAGUCUUACCAAUUUUCAAAAGCCUAAAGUUUUUCAUGGGAUUCAGAACUUUCAUUUAAAACUCAAAAUUGUGUGACCUCUAAAUCGUGCUAUUUAGAAACUCUUUAGAAACUGGAAAAUGAGUUUGUGUGUCAGAAACACACACAUGCCAAUGCAUGUGCAUACAGUACACAUACAUACACAUACAUACGCCCUAUAAAGCUUGUGACAAGGCCAGUAUCAAAGUUAAAUAAAAAAAAACAAAAUUCAGAUGGGUGCUAAGUAAUAAAAGGUAGUUUGCCAAACUGAUGCCACACAUGUGUACAGUAUUCUGUACACUUUAAACUGCUCAAUUGUAAUAUGAAAUAGUAUAAAUAAGGGAUAAUCUAUGGCUUUAAAAAAAAUAUAUGUAUUCUACAAGUCUACAUCUAGACAUUGAAGUGCAGUGGCUGCUGGUUCAUAAUUCUGACAGCUGUAAAUCUUUUGCAGCGAUAAAGAGAUUUACAUUCAUUAAUUUGUUAUUAAAGCAGUGUGCAUGUGUGUUUUCAUAUGUGUGGAUAAAUGACAUACUUCCUUUGUCAUGUCUCUACUAAUGCUGCUGUCAGUGUUUAUUCUUUGUACCAUUUCUUUGUUUUUUAUUUUAAUGUUAUCAUCUCCAGUCCAUCAAAAUAAUUAAAUGUUUUUAAUAACUGCCUGAUACUAUGCACCUAAGAGUUUAUGUUAGUAUGGUUAAGGUUGUUUAUCCGGCAGUGCAUUAUUUUAGAACAGUGAUUAAACGGAAUUGAACUACCUGUCUGUGUGUUUUUAACAUCAUCUAGCCAAUUAGAAUUAAGUAUGCAGAUUGAAAAUGCUAUACCAUAACUAAAAUAGAGAGAGAGAGAGAUAGAUUAACUGUGGGUAUUCAACAAACCUGCUAAACAGGGUUAAUUUGAAUGAGCAAAUACAUUUCAGACAGAGAGAGAAGUCCCAGUAAUAGUUGCUAGGUGUUUCCUCCCUAUUCUCUCUGUGUUUGCUUUCCCUAAAUGCAACAGAAAAAAGAGUCUAUUGUUGAGAUGGCUGAGGUCCUUCACAAUCUUCC